UGUGUGUAUGUGUGCGUGAGCCGCUGAUAACGCAGCUGAUCGGGCGAUUCCAUUGAAUUCCAGUUCUCGUUUCGAUCUGAGAAGUCCCCCGGGCGCAGAGCAUGGCAAGCAACUCCACCCAGUCCCAGCCGUCCAGGAUCACCAGCGACAUGGUCAACCAGCUGCAGCCGACGGCGCAGGAAUCGAAGCUUGCGCCGAUUCCCAGUGCACCCCAGUGGCGCUCCCCCCAGCUGAUGGUCGUCUUCGAGGACGGUGAUCUGCACUCAGCGCGCCACCAGUUGCUCCAGUCCCUGCAGAAUCCCUUUGACGAGGGAUCGGUGGCCACGUUGCUGCUCCAGGAGAGCAUUGCCGAUCAGUUUGUGGGCCUGGUGGCGCAGGAUCUGCGUCCGUUGUCGCCGGCGGUGUCCAAGCACCCGAGCUACAGCAGCACGCUGGCCAAGAUCGAACAGCUGAAGGCCAAGACAGUACAAGGCGUAAGCCUCAAGGCUGGGGAAUCACCCGUUUUGGUGUACGACUGCGUGCACAGCUAUCUGGGCAACGGAGCGACGGGAGUGGUGACGGUACACACUUUCCGCACAGCCAAGGAGGCCGGCGAGUUGGCCAAAAGGGAUCCCCUACCUUACGGCCAAGUUAGUCUGUGGAAUGAGAAGCUGGGUUGCGCCUACGAACUGAUACCACGACUACCGAGCGACAUUGUGGCCAUUAAUAGCUUCAAUCCGGACUUGGAUCCCAUCCGGGAAUCCUUUGCUGCCGACCGCAACGAUGUCCUGCUGGCCAAGAACUAUCACUAUGAAUCGCUGGUGGUGAGCGGCAAACGGAGGAUCAUCGUGUUUCCCGUGGGCACCAUCUUCGGCAACUGAAGAGUGACAGUGCUGGACUUCGACGUCGACGAAUCACAUCCGAUAGGAAUCACAUCCAGGUGCUCUUUAAGCCAUACUUUAAAAUACCUCUCUAAGCAUUUUAUAUGUAGCUUGGGGCAUCCUUUUCAACAGUUCAAUUGGAAUUAUAUCCAAUUAUAAAGUGGAGUUAUGCCAAACAACUAGCAUUUAAAGUGGAUAAACUUUCUUAGAAAUUAUCUGGUUCUGUGUCCAAUUAAUAAUAUUCCAAUUGUAUUGUGAAAAGGUCCUUCAGUCUGAAUUGUUUUUUUAUACUCUGUCAAUAAUUGUCCACUGGAAAAUCCUCA